AUGUCCGACACUCUGACCCCCGCAGAGGUCACUUCCACGGCCCAGUCGUACUACGUCUCUUUCUUCAAGGCGUGGAUGGCCGGCUGGAUGCUCGUGUUUGGUGCCAUGCUCGUGCAGAUCAUUCAAGCCGGCUCUGGCACGCUCCGGACCAACUAUCCCGCGCUUAUCUCGCUCGUUUCCGCCUUCUUCUUCCCUAUCGGCCUCAUCAUGCUCGUCCUUACCGGACAGGAGCUCGUCACUGCACACCUCAUGUUCAUGCCCAUGGCACUGGUGCGCCGCCGCAUCAAGGUCUGGGAGUUGCCCCUCAACUGGCUCAUCGUCUUCUUCGGUAACCUCGCUGGCGUGCUCUGCUACGUUGCGUUCAUGGCCCACUUUUCAGAUCUGUACGCCGCCGAGCCCCUCAUCAAGUACUCCCAGGGUGUUUCUGUCUCCAAGACCACUGAGACUUGGGGUGCUUGCGUGCUCCGCGGCAUCGGGUGCAACUUCCUCGUCUGCACGGCCGUGUGGCUCGGCGCCGGCGCGCGCGAGACGUCGUCCAAGAUCAUGGCCCUCCAUCUCCCGGCGUUCCUGUUCGUCUUUCUCGGAUUCGAGCACGUUGUCGUCAACAUGUACUACAUCCCCAUAGGUAUGGUCAACGGCUCGGGCGUGACGGCCGCCCAGUACAUCGGCAAGUCCAUGAUUCCCAGUCUCAUCGGCAACAUUAUCGGCGGCGGUCUGCUUGGCCUCCCCAUGCUGAUGUUCUACGACGCCCCCGAGCUCCCCCUCUUCAACAAGCUUCCCGGCCGCCGGGCGCCCACCGCAUCGGUGGUGGAGCGCACAAGCGGCGAGAUCACCCCUGUGCGUACAUCGUCCGAUGAAAAGCUGCCGAAGUCUCCGUAG